AGGGGAUUGACUUAGUAUUCAUCACUGAUCCUACAUGGCGGCUAUAGCAUUGGUGAGCAUUGGUGCGCGUGAUGCACGUUUGGGAUCGGCGAGACCGUGCUCCUUAGAUGGGGUGCCGUCAAUGGCGACUCGUGGAACAUGUGUCAGUGCGCAAGGACUCGAUCACAGCGACCACCCAGCUAUCGAGUGCAGCUGACGCUACCACUUGGUGCUAGGGAUACCGUCGUUGC